AUGUCUGAAGGACGGUCAAAGCAGACUGAACCACCUCGUAAGGAGGGGCGUCCGAAGCAAAAUAGUUCCAAACCGCAGAACCCUUCAGCGAAAGCGGCUGCAAAAAUGGAAAAUAGGGGUAAAGGUUCAAGAAAUCCUCCAUCUACAGGGUGGUCCAAUAGGACAGACUCCCGACAGAAGGAAGGACAACCGAUCCAACAGCAGGUGGUGGUCGAUGUCCACUCCCCUAGUCAAGGGCCUGCAAAGGUUGGAAAACCCUACAGGAAAAAGGGCAAAGGUCGCGAACGGUCGGACCUUGAUGCAAUCGAAAUUGCAGAGUCUUUAAAUUUUUGA